CCUGCUGUCAAUACCAGGACUGAGGCUCUAUUAUAAAGACUUUGGCUAUAUGCGUGCGCUUUUGCAUAUAGGAUAUAUUUUUGGCGGAUUUUCUGUAACUGGCUCAACGCGCGGGUUCAUCAAUUGUUUGUUCAAAGUUCAUACGAGAUGGAACUGGAAUGCCGUGAAAGUAUAAUGUGGUGUAAAUCAUCUUCUUCAAAUUAAUUCGCGCGACUUCAAAUGAGGACAAUUAUCAAGCAGCGUUUCUGCAUGAUGGAUAUGUACAUUAACGACAUCAGCGAACUUGAACGACUUUGUUUCUAACUCGAGCGUUGGAGUUUACUAUGUUGUCAGACUCAGGUUUAAUUGCGCGACGGAAGGAUUUAAUGCAAACAUUAAUGCAGUAAGCGCGUGUGCGGCGCGUUUCAGCGCGUGCGUGUGAUGUGCGGGACGCGGUCAAGGCGCUGAUGCGAUCCACUGAUGUCCUCCGAACAGGAACUCAUCCGUGCCCUUCACCAGCCAAGUCUUGACCUUCCAGCAUUCAAACAGUGAGGCACAAGCACUUUAUUUUUGAGCCACAUUAACCCACACUGCUGGUCGCUUCACCACCUCAGUGGACUCAUGGGUACCGUACUAUCCCUCUCGCCGGGUUCUCGAAAACCUGCUUAUUAUGACGGGCGGCCUGGUUCCCUAAGCCAUUACCCGAGCCUGAGCAGCCGCUCGCUGAACACUCAAAAGGACCGCAACCUCAAACGCCAUUCCAUUUUCCUCCCCGCUCUCACCUGGAAACGACUGGUGGCCUCCACCAAGAAGCGGGGCGAGUCCAAAAAAGCCUAUCCUGGAGGUCAUGGCGCCGUUGGGGUUCCGCUCAACAACAACAACAUCAUCUACCAAAAGGAUCCGGUCUUGCACCUCAACCACGAAAAUGUGAAAAAGUCUCUCUCCUGCGCCAACCUCGCUAGCUAUGAGGGUGCAGCGGGUCUAGGCCUGGGCUUGGGUUACGGAAAACCGCAGCAGAUUUCCUCCGUUAAGAAGACUUUGCCUACAUGCGCUUCCACACCCAAGCGCGUGAUCGUCCAGGCCUCGACUAGCGAGCUGCUUCGCUGCCUGGGCGAGUUUCUGUGUGGCCGCUGCUAUCGGCUCAAGCACCUUUCCCCCGCGGAUCCGGUUCUGUGGCUGCGGGCUGUGGACCGCUCGCUCUUGCUCCAGGGCUGGCAGGACCAGGCCUUUGUGACCCCGGCCAACGUGGUGUUUGUGUACAUGCUGUGCCGUGACGUGGUGGAUGGCGACGCGGUGUCUUCAGAGCACGAGCUCCAAGCGAUUCUACUAACCUGUCUGUACCUGUCCUACUCCUACAUGGGGAACGAGAUCUCGUACCCGCUCAAGCCCUUCCUGGUGGAGGCGGGUAAAGAGGCGUUCUGGGACCGUUGUCUGGCCAUCAUCGACGUCACCAGUGCCAAGAUGCUGCGGAUCAACGCAGACCCGCAUUUCUUCACGCAGAUCUUUGCCGACCUGAAGAGCGAAGGGGGUUGCGCUUUGCAGGACUACGCUAGAGUUCUGGAUUGGUGAAAAGAGGACGUCCUCUGCGAAAGUGACACCGUCAGCAUCCCUCACCUUCAUUCUGGCCUCGUCACAAAACAGUACGAGUCUCGCUUUUACUGAGAAUUCUGCGAGAAACAGAAAGAUGCAACAUAUUCCUGGCUGCUGAAAAGACUAGCUUACAGUCCAGGCUGGCUCAUGUUGGUUGGGUCGCUGGUCUAGCUGGUAAACCGUUGGCCGUGUAUCCACCAAAGCGUUUUUCCACGCGCCUGACGUAUGUUUUCAAUUGUUUUCAA